CAGCAAUUCUGUAUGUUAGCUGAGUGAGAGAGUGCUGAAAGGAAGUAUGGCUGCUUUGGCAUCUGCUGACAGGAGAGGAGGUCCAGGGUAAGAGAAGUAGCUGCAGUUCUGUGAAGAAUGGGAAAGUUAGUGUGGCUAGUGGUGUUCAUGAAUUCCUUCACCACCUUCCAUGCCAUCCUGGAACUGACUGGCACCCACGACACUGAAGGGACAUGGAAGAGUUCCAUCACCUUGCCAUGUGUCUACGAACCUUCCCAGGACUUUGUGCAGCAAACAGUCAUUUGGACCCUGGUCCGAGAUCAAAGCCCUGCCACCGUCUUUCGAAGGGAUAGCUCUGGCGAUCACAUCCUGUUGUCACGGUACAGAGGUAGGGUCAGCAUGCCAAGUAGUAUGCCAGGGGAUGUCUCUCUUGAAAUUGAGAAGCUUGAAGUCAGAGACAGUGGACACUACACUUGCAAAGUCACCUGGAGAGCCCAAGACAAGAGCCUGCUAACGAGGGAGAGAACCACUACAGUUAAGGUUGUUAAAGUUGCAGUGACUAAACCCAUCAUCAGACCAGGGCCUCUGGGAUUCACUGUACCAAAUGGGGCUAGGACAAGCCUGACCUGCUCUGCCAAUGGGUCCCCACCCAUCACCUACAGAUGGUUCAAGGGAGAGCUAGGAGGAAACACAGUGCUUGUUAGCAAUCAUGCCGUACUCACGUUUGAUUCGCUGCGAACGUCUGACACGGGGAAAUAUUACUGUGAAGCAGAAAACAGAGCAAGCUCACAAGUCAUGCAGCAGAGUGAUGCAGUGCAGCUGACUGUGAGGGGUAACCAGGGGACUAGCCUGCCCCUCUAUCUCAUCAUCCUGAUCGUUCUGCUCUGUGUGGCUGUGGUGUUUGUUGUCAUUGCGGUCGUCUUGUGUAGGAGAAAGACCAAGAAGGAUAAUCUGAAUGAAAUAACAGAUCAUAACUCCGAGAACCUCACAAGAGGAGAGACUUGUUCAGGAGUCAAUGACAAGUGCUUCUAUGAGGAAGCAAAAUCUAGAGGUGAAAACAACUAUACAUCACAGCCUGUGAAAGAGAAUGAAUAUGAGACAAUUGGCACAGUGAAAAACAAUGACUAUGCAACUCUUGGGAAAGCAACAGCAUCUGAAUAUGAAUUGGGGGAUGUUCCAUAGAAAACCAGCAUUUACACACCAGCAACAGCGCAGAAGAUAGGGCUGUAGAGCUUGAAUGGUGACUAUUCAUUACGGGAAGCCCUUCAUCCUUUCCACCUUCUUCUCUGAUAAAAAAAUAUUAAGCUCAUUGUUCUAAUUGUUGAAAGGCAAUUGCAUCACUCUCUGGUUCUUCAUGGAAUCCAGUCUGCCCUAUUGAUGAUUGAGAACUUGCAUGAAACCUUCCUAAAAUCAGCUUCCUGGUGUAAACUAUCCAGGAAUGAUACAUGGUGAGAAGUUUCUUUCUCUCUCUCUCUCUCUCUCUCUCUCCUGGGUUUAAUGUUCAGCACAGACAAUGGAAGGUCCUUUUUAAUAAUGCGAAGAGAGUUCAGGAAAAAAACUGAAAGCAAGGUCAAAAUAAGAACCACACAGCACUGGAGGUACCUGCGGAAAGGAAUAAACUCUACAUCUAUAUCUUGCUCUGUAAUCUGUAAUAGUUUUUGUACCAUACCUCUACUGCCGUAAGGAAGUCUGUAUGUAUUCUGUAGUAAAGUUUGGCUGCUAGCUAGCUAGCAAAUCAUAUGGUAUCUCAAAUUGCAACUUGGGUCCUAUUCUUUCAGAGUCCCUUUCUUUUGUCUCCUGCUAGAAUUACAUGUUUAACAUUUUGGAAAAGAUGGGAGAUACUUUUUAAAAAGUCUGUGGCUAGGAGUGUUGCAUCUUCUGCUGUCGCUUUUUUCUGCUCCUGGCUUUGCCCUUAGGCUUUAAUAUAGGCAACAUUGUUUUAGCAUGGAAUCAUAUGCUAACAACCAUCCCCUGC